AUCAAUCAUAUCAUUCAUUUCGCAUCUCAUAUAAGAAAAGUAUCAUUUACUUUGUUCAUUAUGAACCCAAACCAACAGCCUUCAUCAUCAUCAUCAUCAUCUAAUUCUGCAGGCGAUUACUGGGGGACGCACGUCAUGGGUACGCCUGUGCCCCCAGCCACCAACCAGCAUGCCCCACCCACCCACAACCCUUACGUCCAAUACGGCGUCCCUCAGCCCCCUCCCCCUCCUCAGCCCAAUAACAUCGAUAAUGUUCGUAAAAAACUUAAUUCAUGGGGUAAUAAGGCCGAAAUAGCCGCUUCAAAUAUCUGGACCAAUCUGAAAGCGGGUCAAUCUGUGACCGGAUCAGCAUGGGGAAAAGUGAAUUUGACAGCAAAAGCCUUAACAGAAGGUGGAUUUGAAUCCUUGUACAAACAAAACUUCACCACAUACCCAAACGAGAAACUUGUCCGGACGUUCGCAUGUUAUCUGUCAACGUCUACUGGACCUGUUGCCGGAACCUUGUAUCUAUCAAACAUUCAUGUCGCUUUUUGUAGUGAUCGUCCCUUGUCGUCGAUCCAACCCAAUGGCAUGGAAUCUUGGAUCCAUUACAAGGUUAUUAUCCCAUUGGAGAAGGUAGCUACGGUGAAUCCAGUCACAAUACCUGGUAAAAAGCAAACAGACAAGUACAUCCAGCUCUCCACCAUUGAUGCUCAAGACUUUUGGUUCAUGGGUUUCGUUAAUCAUGAGAAAGCGUCGAAACAUCUCCUCAAUGGUGUCUCGACAUGUGUAAAAUCCGUCCCAUUUAUUCCUUGAAAUGUUUCGGCAUGUUUUGUUGUAUUGUAUUUUGUGACAUUAGGCAGAUAAACUAAAUAUGAAAUGCUAUCUUUGUUUUCUUCAA